AUCGCUCGACUUCCUGGACUGGCGAUUCUCCUCAAGCCAGCGACUCUGGCUAUACCCCCUCGCACCAAGAUCUCAAUCAGCUAGGGACCGCCCGUCCAACCUUGCAGCAACCGAGACCCUCUGCUCGUCAGAGCAUGUGGACUUCUGCUCUUGACGCACCUCAUGCAGGUAACGAGGAGAAUGGGAACGCGAACCCUGGCGGCAAGUUUGUUACUCUUGACGCCCCUGCUCACUUGACCAAGGCUUUUACGCCACACGGCCUUCUGCAAGCGGGUCUCCAAGAUAAGGAAGACCGUUCGGCCAAGAAACAGCAAGAGAUCGCCAAGGAGACAGGAGCGUCAUUACUGAACGUCCCGAAUAAGCCACCCGAGCCACAGAUGGGCUUGUUGGGCGCAAUCACGGCGCAUGAGAAGGAUCGCAAGGCUGCGGGUGGAUUGGGAGCCGCGUUAACAGAGAGGGAGAGGGAUCGUCGAAUGGCCGAACAACAACAACGGCAGAUUGACGAGAUGCAAAGCAUGCAGAGGCAAAGCAUGUACCCGGGUGGGGAUGCUUUCGCUCGACCGAUGAGCGCAUAUGGAGGCGGAGGCAUGAUGUCCCCCGGUCUCGCCUACGGACAAAACCCGAGCAUGUACUGGCCGGCACCUCCGAUGAACCCUUAUGCGCAGCAACAAGCCAUGAUGGCCGCGCAGAUGGCCUACCAAAAUUCCAUGUAUAUGGCAAUGUCCGCUGCGGGUAGUCAAGUGGGUACCCCAGACGUCAGCGGAAAUCCCAACAUGGGCAAUGGUUUUGACGCCAGGUCGGCGUCACCCGUGAUGCCAAUGAACAUGCCUGGCGGAGGAAAUCCGUAUAUGAGCAUGUAUGGAGGUUACGCGCCAAGCAUGCCAGGGCAAGGGUUCGGGAUGCCCGGGAUGGGGAUGUUGUCUCCCGGAGCCGGCGGCAUGUUUUCUAUGCCGGGGUCGGUCAUGGGAGCGCCAACCGGAACUCAAACCCCGACAGGACAAAGUCAGGGUCAAGCGGGAGGUGAUCAGGGCAGAUCCAACGAACGACGAUGAUGACGACGAAGACGAAGACAACGAAGUUGAUAAUGCGCGAUGCAUUUCGUGGGGGCACAAAUGCACCACCUUCUGGACGACACGAGAUACGCACCUACACGCAAGCGUAGACGACCGGACAAUGGAUCCACUAUUUCUGCUUUUUUUUACCUCCUUGCGAUACCCGCUGCGCGAUAUCCUCUCUCAUGGAUCUUGCUGCCUUGUAACGAUUGCGAUUGAUUUUCGUUGACGAUGAUAAUGACAUGCGCCCAGAA